AUGGCACUUCGAUUGCCGCCGCCGCUUCGCCAAGUUUCGUUUGAACCCUUGACGGACUGCCAUGAGUCCCAUUCUUCCAUCGAUAGCCAAGACGAAGAAGACGAAUAUUCGCAACCAAGAAAACGUCAGAAAAUCGAAGAUUUGGCGUACAAAUACCUUUCUGGACAACCGCUCUUCAUACUUUCAGCCAGCCUCAAGGGCCCAUUUGAUCAACAAUGGGUGAAUCCGUGGAGAGCGUCAGCAGGGCUCUUUGAUAAUGUGGAAGACCGGGAUCCCAAGGUCAAGGAACGGGAGCAGCACCAGCAUGAGAAAGCUGCUGUAGAGGCUCAAGUGCGGCACAAAAAAGUGGAGAUAUAUCCCCACAGAACGAAUGCCUCUGAGCCCAGCCAAAACGGACGGGUUGUGUCUAGUGCAUCGGCGGCGUCGGCGUCGAACGGGUCAUCAGGCUUUCAAUCGAGUCUCACUCGCUAUGAAGAGACCCUCCUCUACCAGGAACAGGAAAAGCUUGAUAGACAAAGACGAAAACGAAUACGUAGAGAGGCGCGUAUCCAACGGGCGAUGAAACUCCAGAACGACGGACGGGGAAAAACACGAGAAUCUGCCGUUGAUUUGACAAGCCUAUCGGAUGAGGAGAGAAAAUUGUUAAAAGCAUUAGGGGCUGCUCAUUUGAAACAAGCAUUGAAUGGUCGUGAUUGCGAGCGGGUGACGCAAACACCGACACCCCUUGGACAGAAGCGCAGAGAUGAGAAGCAGGUUCAUACAAGCAAUUUCUCGUCCCAGAAGCAGAAACAACCAGACUCGAUAUCGGGAGACGAACGCCACGAUCGGACCAAUGACAAAAAGGCAGGCCAACGAAUUCGGGAUAAUAAGUUGCCUAUUUCUUCGAUGCUUUAUGCAUCCCAUUCACAACCUAGCUGGUGUAGGUCCGCGACGGAACCACGCAGACAUUCUCAUUCGUUCACUCGGACUCAGAGCUCAACAAUUCCGGAAGCUGAAGAAGCAAUUUCGCUCUCGCAGCCCAUAUUGCAAAGGCACACCACGCCGUUAUCUACUUCGAAAAGGAAACCAAACUCAUCAUCCAUUGCUUCAGGGAGAGGGGCCCUUUCUGUAUCAUUUUUCGCAGGCACUCACAACUCGAAGGAGCAGAAGGUUGAUACCUCAAACUCUAAGAGCUCUCCUGAAGAGUCUUUCAAAGGAGCUUUCAAGCGACCAGAGCUCUCAAGGCGCCAUGUCAUGCAAUUUUCUUCUCCACGUGAUCUUGCAACAACUCCAUGGAUGGUAGACGCCAAGGCACACCAGAAGGUUGAUGAAGGCGGAAGCCUGUUGAAUAAGCUUUUCCGAGGAAAGGAGAAUAAAACGCCGCCUAGUGGUGACAAUGGAUACUAUGUACAAGCGGAGUCGCUAGACAUGACCGAAUACAUUGACGAUACAGGAGAUACCCAACCUGAUAGCAAUGUGCUGAAGUAUCCUUCUGCAGAUUCAAAGGAGAACCCUUCCCCGAAGCCUCAGAAACCAAGUUCCGCUCAAGAACUGGGAUUCAGCAAUGUGUCCAGCAAACCAUCGAAAACGACUGGCACCACAGACAGCGUUUUCGCUCCUCUUCGCACGAGUUCUAUGCUUCCAGAUCGCCAAGACUCCAAGGCAUAUAAUUAUACGGAGAGCGAAAACACGCAGGCAUUCUCCACCCAAGCAGCAAUCCUCAUGGCACAUAACGAAUUCAAGGCCGAAAUUGACUCUCCUCUCCAUCAUAAUCUCUCUGCACUCUCGCCGCGGAAGUCAAUCCGUGCACAUGGAAAUAUAGCCCACAGACAAUCACCUCUAGAAAAUCAAGCAAUCUGCGACGAUCCAGAUCAGGGCUUCACUACUUCCGAUGCAUCGCCUGUCAAACCGGGACCCAGUGACAGACACACCCUGGCAGCUGAAUCGCCUCCAUUGAAUACCCAGGAACUAGUCGACACUGCCUCGCCGUUCUUCUUCAGUACAGUCAAGAAACGGCAGCAAACUUAUUCUGCUAAAAGAGAACGACAAAAAUUUGCGGCCUCGCCUGUUCUUCAUGUGGCUCCUAGCAACGCCGGCGAUCAGUCGUCAGGUCCGCCCGAAAAUCAAGAAUGGCUGAAGAAGCUUGGGCUCAAUUUGGACAUGGAUACUAGUCCGGAGCCUUCGCAGCAUGGAGAGGAAGGGGAGGCGGGGGACAUUAAAGAUGCUAACACUGCGAUAUCCGCCCUUGGGGCUAGUCCACGACCUAGGUUUCGACACAUCACAACCCCAGUGCAACAAACCAGUCGCGUGGCCAUUUUGACGCAGGAAUCAAAUGAGAAGAAGAAGCAAUAUUCUCCGAUGCCUUUCUUCUCGAUCACACCAGAAGGAAAUCUCAAGGAAACGUCUUCUUAUGAACAAGAGGGCCAAGGUCAUCUGUUAGAGGAUCUGAGCCCGGCUAUUGAUGAGGUAGGAAGUUUCCUCGAGAGCUGGAAUGUCGACUCAGCCCUGAAGGAAACGAGCAAAAAUGUGAAGGAGAAAAAACCUGCGCCUUUUUUAUCCAAGGCUAUACUAUCGGCCUCAGCUCUCGAGUCUGGCGCUGAAGGCAGUCAGGUUGAAGUGAAGCAGUGGACGGCAAUCAAUGCUCCUUCUGCAACAUCGUCACCCGAAAAAGCAUUGAACUCCCUUCGCGACCCGCUUCAGAAUAUGGAUGCCGAAGCAGCUAAAUAUCCAAAGUCAAAUAAUAUAGGCAGGCGUUCAAGCAGGGGGAAAUCUGUGAGAUUGAACAGUCCGCAACGCACAAGUGUCGACAAGCGUCAGAGACAAAAGAGUUCAAUAUAG